AUGGACACAGAUGGCAUGGAUAUGGAUGAUAUAAACAGCGGUAUGAUGUAUGAUGAAAAUUCAGUAGAUAUAAUAAAUAAAUGGGAUGAGUUCGUUCAUAAAACAGCCCACUAUCAUCAAUAG